GAGCAUCUCAUUCCACCAAAACUGGAGGGAUUUCAGUAUUUUUAAGUUGUGCUGCUAUCAAGCUAGCAGAGCAAAGAUAACUUAUCUGCAACUAGCCUGCUCCUCUUCACAAACAAGUCAGCUUUGAGAGACCCUUAAAAUGGAUUUAGAAGACGACACCACUGUGCUAACAACCUUGAAGUCCUUCAAUUCCUUCAUCAGCCGCCCAGAACACCCGCAGCGGCUGUCUGAGCACUCAGCAGGCAGUGGAAACCUGCAGACUCAGUACAAACGCAGCAUGGAGUUGUUGGAAGCAGCAGAGAGGGUUCAAUCCAAGAAUCGCUAUCUUCAGUUGGACCAGGAGAAGAAGCAGAUGGAGCUGAGUCACAAGCGAGCUCGUUUUGAGCUAGAGAAGGCUGCUUCUGAUAGUGCACGAGACUUGGAGCACGAGGUGGACCGGAACCAGGAACUCUUGGGGCGAAUAAAAAAGUUGGAGGACAGAGAGACAGAGGCAGCUAAGAACUUAUCAGAGCAGGUGGAGGCAAAUCGUGCUCUUCGUAAGAACCUGGACGGCCUCCAAAAGAAACUGGAGGAGCGAGAUACUAGACUGAACACUGCUAACCAGACCAUCAGUUGUUUGAAGGAUGAGAUCAGAGACCUGAAGCAGAAGAUUCAGAACCAAGACUCGACCAUUUCUACUCAAACCCUUGAAAACCAGGAAUUGCAGGAACAGUUGGAUUUACAACGCAGGAAGUACCAGGAUCAGUAUCAGCUUUGCCAGAGUCUCCAAGCUGCUCAGUCCUCCUGCUCAGAGCACAUCAUCAAGAUUAAGGAGUUGGAGAGGCGUCUUGCCAUCCAAGAGCAAGACAUCUCUAUUGUGAAGAUUGUUAAGUCAGAGGUGGCCCGGGUUCCAGAUCUGGAAAAGGAGUUGAAGCGCCUCAGAGAUGACAAUGCCUUCCUCAGGGAGAGCAGAGAGAAUUGCAGCCUGUUAAAAGAAGAGGUGGAGGGGCUGAGGAGGAAGCUGGAGAGGAUGGAGAAAACCAAAGAAGAGCUGGUCAAUAUAGAACUGGAAAAGGAGAAACUGUCAGAAAAGCUCCAAGCCUGGGAGAACCUCGGACAAUCUACUGGACUCAACAUAAGGAAACCAGAGGAUCUGUCCAGGGAGGUGAUUCAGAUCCAGCAGAGAGAAAUUGCACUGAAAGAGCAGAACUACACACUCAACAGCUGUGUGAGGAGCGUGGAGCGUUCGCAGUCCGAGCUCCGUACAGAGCUGUCCCAGCAGCGCAGCAAGACCCUGGAGGAGCAGAAGAAGAGGGAGACGCAGGACUCGCUCGUCCGUCGGCUACAGAAGAGAGUGCUGUUAUUAACCAAGGAGCGUGAUGGGAUGCGUGCCAUCUUAGAGUCCUAUGACAGCGAGCUGGGGGCCACUGAGUACUCGCCUCAACUCAGCAGACGGCUCCGAGAGGCAGAGGACAUACUGCUGAAGACACAGAACCACAAUACAGAGAUGGAGGCCCAGCUGACCAAAGCUCAGGAAGAGACGGGGACUCUCAAGUUGCAGCUGCAAACUGUGGAGCUGGAACUGGAGUCUCUGAAGAAACAGCAAGCCUCUAUUACUGGCAGCAACUCUGCAGUGACCAAAGAAGAGGUCACUAUACUCAGACAGAAAAUUGAAGAUUUGGAGGCGGAGCGGCAGCGUCUGGAGGAGCAGAAUAACAUUUUGGAGAUGAGACUGGAGAGACACAACCUACAGGGAGACUACGAUCCUGUCAAAACCCGAGUUCUCCACCUCAAAAUGAACCCCACUUCGGUUGCCAAGCAACAGCGCCAGCAGGAAGAGGAGGCUCUCCGGGAGGAAGUGACACGUCUCAGAGAACUUGUGCGCUCGCUGCAGGAUGGAGGCGCUCUGGUCCAUUCGCAAGACGACGCCAGUCUGCACGCCUCAAGCCUCAGCUUCAGUUUGCCGCCAUCCAAGGAGGUGCUGGAUUUGCGUAAGCAGAUGGAGAGUGCUGAGCUGAGGAACCAGAGGCUGAAAGAGGUCUUUCAAAAGAAAAUCCAGGAGUUCCGCAGAGUCUGCUACGUUCUGACCGGCUACCAGAUAGAUAUCACCACCGAAAACCAAUACAGGCUCAGCUCAGUCUAUGCAGAGCAAAUGGACGACUCCUUGCUCUUCAAAAAGGGCUCCAAUGGAAACAUGCAGCUCAUGGAAACCGAGUUCUCCAAAACUCUAGGACAGAUGGUGACACUUCAUUUGCAUCACCAGAAGAGCAUCCCUGCAUUCCUCUCCGCCGUGACCCUCGACCUCUUCAGUCGACAAACUACCAUCUAAAGUUAUUUGACUCCAUCUCAUACGCUGGGCUGUACAAUUCAAGACGGGAUUGGGUUGUUUUUUUCCCCUCUUUUUCUUGCUUUUUAUCUGCCACUUGUUGUCUCUCUUUUAAGAUAUUCAUAAAAUGUGUCAGUAUUUCUCAACAACAACUGAACAGUACAGUCAGCGCUGUGUUGCGGAGGAUGAACACCUUGUUCUUAUGAAACGUUUCCAUCUUACUUUCACAUUCACAAAGCUAAGAAAGCAACACGGUCUCCCUGCUUGUAUGUGAAAUAUUUCAACAAUGAUAGUGUGGAAAAAUACAAAUGAGGCUGUCGUGAAAAUGGUACCCAAAAGCCACUGGUAUUUGAAUUUGGAGGGUUUUUUUUUCACAGCAAAAGGUUGAAACACCCUUCCCACCACAUUGUUACUACACAAUGUGCUUGGAAAAAGAAGAGGCGAUUUGUUUGGUUUCUGAAUCUGCAACAGACUUGUUUUUUUUUUUAUGUGGUCUUUACCAAGGCAGAGUCUUUGUUGACUCUUUUAUCCUCCCUUUCAGGGUCCUUGUUCACAACUAGUCUCAUUCAAUCCAAAAAUGGAGUUAAAGAAAUCCCUCUGAAUACAAGACCAGUCGCUUUUCUUAUUUGUGUCUUAAAAGAAUUAAGUUAGUUCUCAUUAGAUUUUAUUUAGUUAUGCAAUUGGUAUGAUUUUUAUUGUUUUGGGGUGUUUUUUUUUUUUUGUAGUUUUGAUUUAUUUUUUUUAUAAAUGUGCUUGAAUUGAAGAUAAAGACGAAAACUCAAGUUUCCUGCUCUCGUCUCUCUCUGGUGCUUUUCGUCGGAAGCAGCGAGAAGGGAGGAGGUGAAACAUUUUAGAGGGGAAAAUAAAGCGAUAAGAGGUCACUUUGCUUCCCUCUAACCACAUUCGAAAUUCAAACUCGUGUUUGAACGUGGAGAAAAAAAAAAAUUAAAUAUUUGAUCUGCGAAGAUUCAAAAUUCACAGUGUAUAAGCACAAAAGGCCGUGCUGUGCACUCAAACGGGGAGUGCUGGUAAAAUGCACUGUCACCUCAAUCUAUUGCUUGCCCUGUUUGUUGCCCUCGGUAAACCACUCUAUUGUUCUUCUUUUCUUUAACGCGAAAUGGAGAAAACUAGAGAGCUGUGCUGAAUAUGAAUCAUGAAACCCAAACCAUCUGAGAAGUAAUGAAAAUUUAGGAUAUUAUAGAUGGAAAAAUUAUGGGUAAAGGUAAGAGUAUACAUUUAUUACUGUCAAGUUUACAACAAUACAUAAGUUUAGGAUUAGGCUACGUGGCCUGUGUUCUAAUAAAUUUGAACAAAAUG